UUUGCACCAUCAUGUGUGCUGGAGCUGAAGCAUGCAUGGGCGAAUGAAGCUGCCUCCUGCUCCACCUCCUCUGCGUCUCCUCCUCGCCGGCAUCCUGUGCUUUUCGUCCCCUCUGCGGAGGACUCGUCAGUGAGGCUGGGGCUGUCACUGCUUCAUCAGCAUCAUUCCCUCAUCCGCCUCUGCAGCAUCCUCUCCAUACUUGAAGACAUUCAUUUCUUAGAAGCAUCCCAGCAGUCUCACACAUCCCCUCUCUCUCUCAGAUCUCUUUCCUCCAGCAUCGGUGUGUUGCACAAGACAGCAGCCGGGUGGACACAUCCCGCACUAAUUCAACCUGCUGCGCCCCCCUCAUCACCCUCCACUCUGCUGGGCUUGUCACUGCAUCUGUCCCCCUCUCCCAUCCUCCUCUUCACCAUCCAUCCGCUCUCUGAAGUGCCGUUCAGGAAAAAGCAGGCAAGCUGUCUCUUCUUCCUGUGAAAGUGUCUGUUGGCUGGGCAGCUGGCCUUCCACUGUCCCUCUGGAGGAUGAUCCUGUGGAUGAAGACAGAGGAGAUGGCCCUUGGGGAGCUGCUGGAGAGACUGAAGACAGUCACUCAAAGCAUAGAUGAGAUCAUGCAGCUGGACAGCAGUCCCCUCCGUGCUGCUGACAUCACCCCAGAGCUCAAGAGGCAGUUUGCCUACCUUUCAGGAGGUAGAGGGGAUAAUGGCAGCCCCAUCAUUGUAUUCCCAGAAUUCCCUGCGUUUGGAGAGAUCACAGACAGAGAGUUUCACAACGUGCUGACCUACCUGACCAGUGUGCCCAGCUUGUCUUCAACAGAUGUGGGUUUCAUCUUGGUCAUUGAUCGUCGACAAGACCGAUGGGCGGCCGUCAAGGGGACCCUGCUUCGCAUCGCUGGCUCCUUCCCGGGGAACCUCCAGCUGGUUCUGGUUCUGAGGCCCACCACCCUCCUGCAGCGUACGCUGUCUGACAUCUUAUUCAAGUUCAACAAGGAUGAGUUCAAGAUGAAGGUGCCGGUGAUCAUGUUGAGCUCAAUAACUGAGCUGCACUCAUACAUCGACUGCUCACAGCUGACCCAGGAACUCGGGGGAACGCAGGAGUAUUGCCAUGAAAAGUGGAUCUCUCAUCGCACUGCUAUUGAAGGCUUUGCACUGAUGGUGAAGAAAACAGCACAGACACUGCAGUUGUUUGGGACUGAACUGGCUGAAACUGAACUCCCAAAUGAAAUCCAGGCCACAACAAUCCUGCUAAGCACACACACCAGCAAGAAAGACAAAAUGAAGGAGGAUCUGUUGGUGGCUCUGGGUCAGGGCAGCAGGCUGCUGGAGAGCAUCAAUGAGCCUGUUGUGAGAGACCCUGACCACAACAUGAACCAGGAUGAACUGGAGAACCUUGCCACAGUGCAAAGAUUACUGUCUCAGCUGGAUGAGACAGAAAGGGCUUUCGAUGAGUUUUGGGUGAGGCAUCAGACCAAACUGCAGCAGUGUCUCCAACUGCGCAACUUUGAGCACAGCUACAGAGAGGUGAGGACUCUACUGGAUCAGGUGUCUGAGAAACUUGCAACCUUCUCUGAGGUGGGGAUCAGCCCAGCCCAUGCUGACCAUAUCUUCUGUGAACUCACCACCUAUGAGGAGAGAGUCUGUGAGGUGCUGGACAAAGCCUUGUCAUUGGCACGUGAGGGUGAUGAGCUGAUCCAGAACUCCCACUAUGCUGAGGACUCCAUACAGCCCAAAUGCAAUGAAGUCAGAGCAAUCAGUGAGAAUGUGAGCAGCAACCUAAAGGCCAAGAAAGACCACCUCCACAAAGCCAUGGAGCUGCACCACCGUUUGGAGAGAGCUUCUAAAUGGGUUGACGAUGGUAUAUACCUGUUGGCGUCUCAGCCAGUAGACAAGUGUUUAUCACAAGAUGGAGCAGAGUUGGCCCUGCUGGAGCUGGAGCGGUACCUGGACAACGCAGGCCAGAACCAACUGACAGACCUCAACAACAUCUGGACGGAAUAUGAGGCAGUGCUCAACCAGCAGUUCAGAGACCAAGUGGAGAAGGUGUUCCAGAAGCAGAUGUCCAUGCAGGACAUGUUUGACAAGAGGAGGGUCAGCCUGAAGAAACUAGCAGCCAAACAAACCAGGCCGGUGCAGCCGGUAGCCCCCAGACCUGAAGCCUUCAUCAAAUCCCCCCUCAGCUCGCCUGCGCACAGAGCACAUCUGGAGAAAAACUGCUCAGAGACAGGCACCGGGGACAACUGUGAGAAAUUGCAGAAUGGAGACGGUAACAGCAGACAUGCCUCUCUGUCAGAGGAGGAGGACAACCUGGCGGUGCUCAGGAGGCACGUUAUGAACGAGCUGCUGGAAACUGAGAGAGCCUACGUGGAGGAGCUGCUGUGCGUAUUGCAGGGAUAUGCCUCUGAGAUGGAUAAUCCAGCAAUGGUUCCCCUCAUGCCUGCUCCUUUGCAGAACAAAAAGGAGGUUCUGUUUGGCAACAUGCCAGAAAUCUACCACUUCCACAGGAGGACCUUUCUGAGGGAGUUGGAGCAGUACACCGACUGCCCAGAGCUAGUUGGAAGGUGUUUUUUACAGAGGAUGACAGACCUGCAGAUCUAUGAGAAAUACUGUCACAAUAAGCCUCGCUCUGAAAGCCUUUGGAGGCAGUGCUCAGACUGUGCCUUUUUCCAGGAGUGUCAGAAAAAGUUGGAGCACAAGCUUGGUUUAGAUUCCUAUCUCCUGAAGCCUGUUCAGAGGAUUACCAAAUAUCAACUGCUGCUGAAGGAAAUGCUGAAGUACAGUAAGAGCUGUGAGGGGGCAGAUGACCUGCAGGAGGCGCUGACCUCCAUCUUAGGCAUCCUCAAGGCUGUCAAUGACUCCAUGCACCUCAUCGCCAUUACAGGAUAUGAGGGUAAUUUGAGUGAACUGGGUAAGCUGCUGAUGCAGGGGUCGUUCAGCGUGUGGACAGAGCACAAGAAAGGUCAUGCCAAAGUGAAGGAUUUGGCCCGUUUCAAGCCCAUGCAGAGGCACCUCUUCCUGCACGAGAAGGCCCUGCUCUUCUGCAAGAGGAGGGAGGAGAACGGGGAGGGCUACGAGAAAGCUCCCUCCUACAGCUUCAAACAUUCUCUGAAUAUGAGUGCCGUUGGCAUUACUGAGAAUGCAAAAGGAGACAACAAGAAGUUUGAAAUUUGGUGCAACUCCAGAGAAGAGGUUUAUAUUGUUCAGGCGCCAACAGCUGAAGUAAAAACGACUUGGGUAAAUGAGAUCAGGAAGGUUCUGACAACCCAGCUGGAAGCGUGCAGAGAAGCCAGCCAGCAGAGGGCAGCAGAUCCAGUUUUCCAGUUUCCUCCUGUGCCCAGUGGAGCAGCAAGUCUCAGUCCAUUCAAGUCUGGUCAGAAGAGCUUUAAGAAGGGAGAGGAGAAGAAAACUGAACCCUGCAGCCCUGAUGUCAACUCCUCUUCCUCACCAAAGCCCACAGGAAAAGAUGAGGCUGUGACAAGCCCUACCUCAGACAGAGCUGCUGUGGCUAAAAAGCGCUUUACUUUACAGGGCUUCAGUAACCUCAAAGCCCAGAAAGGAUCUCCCACAAGCCCUGAUCACAAGACCAAGCGUCAGAGCGAUCCCACACCAUUUGGCUUCAAAGGCUGGAACAAGGCCUCGCUGUCGCUGGAUGCCUCAGAGGAGCAUGAUGGAUAUUCCAGUGCUGAGGAUCCUCUUAACUCUGACCCAGAGGAUGAAAAUGGAAAGAAGCUGUGUGCUGGCAAAUAUACAGUGAUGGUUGACUACGAGAAGGGAGGUGUUCAGGAGCUCUCAGUGAAGAGUGGAGACAUGGUGCAGCUGGUCAAGGAAGGAGAUGACGGACAGUGGUUUGUGCGUAACCUGAGCACUUCGAAGGAGGGCUGGAUCGCAGCUGCUAAUCUCAUCACACUCAUUGGAAAGUCCAAGUCAUGCCAGUCUCUCACCAGCUCAGAAGGCAGCGGCUCUGGGAACCUCAGCACAUCGUCCAGCUGCAGUGAGACCUACACAAGCUUCUCUGACAUCAAACCCUGAACUCAUUGGCACUUCCUCUUUCACCAAACUGCCCUUGCGAAUGCUAGCAUCAUGUUGCUCUCUGUGCUAUUUUGCCACCAUCGAUACUCAUCGAACUUCCGUCAGGUUUCCACAGAAAGCUGUAUUUUUGUCAGUUUUUAAAACCAUGCACAUGCACCAGUUAUUGAGAUAAUAUGUCAUAUCAUACAUGUGAACAGGUUAUAGAUUCAUUGUGGUGCAGUUGUACAGUGACAAUACUGGGUAUAUCACAGACAGUAAUUUCACGGAAUAGUAGAGUGAUCUUCCUCUAGUCAUACACUUGUCUGUAUAUUUUUGGUGAAGAACAGAGGAUCCCCGUGAUUAUAAUGUCAUAGAUGUAUGAAUGGACCAGCGGGACUGAUCUCAGUUAAUGCAUCUAUUUAUGUAAACAUUAACACUGGAGAAAGACCAGUUGUCCUACGUGGAUAACUUGUUGUCUUCAUGUUCAUCUGCACUUCAGUUUAUAAUUCCACUUUUACUGUACAUUAAAACAGGGAGAUAAAUACGCACAGCCUGUUUAGCUUGAAUGAAUGUUCUUCGUCUAAUCACACUCCAUCGUUUACUUUUUUCCCUUUAUGUGUAUUUAUUUAUUCAUAAGAAAGAGAAAAGCUCACAUAUACAGUAUUUAGUCGCUUUUUAAUUUACUUCUCAUCUCUCUUUUUCUUACUGUCUUUUUACCCUCUUCUUGUCUGUCAUUUGUGUCUCUGUUGUCAGUCAGUCAUUACAAACCUGUUUUGCCACCAACAGUCCAAACUCUGAUGGCCUCAUGGUCAAAUUCUGUGGGUUUUCAUGUAUAGUUAAAAAAUGUUUCCCCAUGUGGAUAAUCAGAGAUCACUGUAUAGCGCUAACGUAUUCCCUGUGGAGGAAUCAUGUUCUGAAUGUAGAUAUUGUUCAUUAAAAUCUGUCUGUCAUGAAAUGUCUGUUAUUUUGAAAUGCUAUAUUGUACAUUAAGUAUGGUGAUGUCACUGCCUUGUGACUUGUCUAAUUAUUUUUUACAUAAAGGAGUUGUGAUA